UUUUGUCGAGAAAAUUAGCUGUUUGAUAACAAUUAAUGAUCUUGCCAAAUUAGCUGUCUGUCAUAAUUACCAUUAUAGUCCAUCUUCCUUGGAUCAAAUGAUUGAGCCGAGCUGGGUCACAGUGGCCUCUGUUCCUCUGCUCUGACGUGCGCAGUGAUGCCAUGUGGAGGCUCUUUGGCUCCCAAAUACCCUCAGCCUCAUGUUCCAAUGGCUUCCUUUAUAUACUCUUACCGACAGAGCCUUGAGUUCUCGUUCGAUUUGAUCGCAUGCACCAGAAAGAAAUUGCAAUAGAACCAAAGGGAAAAGGGAGUCCUUUUAUUAUCCCGUGCAAAGUUUUUGGGGCUGAAUUCUGGUUGAGCUCAUAAGAGUUGAGUGCCGAAGAUGGCGGAGGGGGAGCACAUGAAGGAGUCAUUGUUGAAGAAGCAUUACUAUGAGAACUGCCCCGGCUGUAAAGUCGAGCAUCUCAAGGAGUUGCAAAGAGGCAUACCCAUCAAACAGUUCCUGACGAUGUGGAUGAUUGUGCUCUCCACUGCGCUGCCUAUAUCAUCUCUGUUCCCCUUCCUGUAUUUCAUGAUUAGGGAUUUUCACAUAGUGAAAAGAGAAGAAGAUAUUGGAUACUAUGCGGGUUACGUGGGUUCUGCGUACAUGCUUGGCAGAGCUCUGACAUCCGUGUUGUGGGGAGUAGUGGCUGAUCGCUAUGGUAGAAAACCAGUUAUCAUCAUUGGGACUGCCACAGUAGUUAUAUUCAACACUCUUUUUGGCCUGAGUGUCAAUUUUUGGAUGGCCAUUGCUACGAGGUUCCUCUUAGGGGCUUUGAAUGGUUUGCUCGGACCAAUAAAGGCUUAUGCGACUGAAAUAUUCAGGAACGAAUACCAGGCAUUGGGAUUAUCAACUGUCAGUACAGCAUGGGGAAUCGGGUUGAUCAUCGGUCCAGCUCUUGGUGGCUUUCUCGCCCAGCCAGCGGAGAAGUAUCCUAAUAUAUUUUCUAAAGACUCUUUGUUCGGGAGAUUUCCCUACUUCUUGCCUUGCCUUUGCAUCUCUCUCUUUGCAUUGGGAGUCAUGAUUGCUUGUUUUUGGCUUCCUGAAACAUUGCACAAGCACAUUCAAGAUGGUGACUCGUAUGACAAAAUGGAGAGUGGAAAAGAUAAGAUUGUCGAAGCAGGAGAGAAGACUCCAAAAAAGUCUCUGCUUAGGAAUUGGCCCUUAAUGUCAUCAAUCAUUGUCUACUGCAUUUUCUCACUUCACGAUAUGGCUUACUCUGAGAUCUUCUCAUUAUGGGCAGUGAGCCCGAGAAAGUUUGGGGGUCUCAGUUAUUCGACUGAAGAUGUCGGGAACGUUCUAUCAAUAUCAGGUGCCGGCCUUCUUGUCUUUCAGACAUUUUUAUACCCAUAUUUAGAAAGACUUCUUGGUCCCAUCAUGGUCACUCGUAUUUGUGGGAUAAUGUCAAUUCCUCUGCUAUCAAGCUAUCCCUUUAUUGCUAUGCUAUCAGGAAUCAGUCUCAAAAUACUACUUAAUUGUGCAUCUGUGGCGAAGAACACUCUCUCUAUAUGCAUCAUCACGGGCACGUUCCUCCUGCAAAACCGAGCAGUGGACCAAGAACAAAGAGGAGCAGCUAACGGCAUUGCCAUGACCGCUAUGUCUCUUUUCAAAGCAGCAGGCCCUGCUGGAGGAGGCGCUAUUUUCUCUUGGGCACAAAAGCGCCGAGAUGCAGUCUUUCUUCCUGGUAACCAAAUGGUUUUCUUCAUCUUGAACAUCGUCGAGUUUGUCGGGGUCCUCAUGACAUUCAAGCCGUUCCUUGUUCAACGCGAGGACUAGAAGCGACUUACGAAUAAUGCACCAAGUCCCGCAUUAGGCGGAACUUGAGGAUUCUUGCAAGAAGAAGCAUCUUGGAAUUGAUUCAGUGUUGUAAGUUGUUAGUGUAUUUUGAUUGUUUUGAAGGCUAGAAAAUUAAUCACUUGAUUUGCCCAGGUAGAGGCUUCAGUAACAAUAUCUUGUCCAAUUAAAUCCUCAUUUAAUUGGCAUCUUUUUUUUUUCACCAUCUUAUUGCAACAAUAAUACAUUACGGUAUAUUCCCAAAAUUAAUGAAGAAUCUUGUAAGAA